GCGGUAGUGCUACAAUCGGCCACAAUAGGCGGUGGGAGUGGACAAACCUGAGCUGAGCUGGCGGUGUGCCUUCACGGGCAAUCACUCUUGUUGGCGCCGACACCGUUCGCUGUCAGCCGAACCUCGUUUCCCCCCCGGAGCUGAAACCGGAGCCGGUACCUGCAGGAAGGAUGUAUUGAUCCGUUUGUCUGCAGAGCGCUUCUCCAGCGGAUCCCUCCAUGCGCCAGCCCCGGGAAUGGAUCAGGAAUCCGCUGCGGCGUCUGGGGGCAGUUUGAUCUCCCUGACCGAUCAUGAGCAGAGGUAUUACUCAGGUCUCCACGCUCUGUGCCAGGCUGACGCUCCGGGGAAACUGUCGUCCGGCAAAGUGGCGGAGCUGUUCAAGGCGUCUCAGCUACCCCCAGAAGCCCUGCAUAAAGUGACCGAGGUGUGUGGAGCAAAGCACCUGGGUUACUUUGGUACAGCCCAGUUCUACAUUGCCCUGAAGCUGCUAGCUGCUGGCCAGUCUGGUCUGCCCAUCCGCCUGGAGAGCGUGAGCGGCACAGAUCUACCUCUGCCCAGAUUUGCUGGGCUCAAGAAUGAGCCAGAGUCGCGACACGCAGCGGCUCCUCCUGGCGCAGACCCCCAAGGGUCCGCACCCGGUUCGGUGGCCCGGAACCCGGCGGACAGGAGCACCUUCAGACACCUGGAAGCCAGCGCAGAGAAGAAGGAGCCUUGGUCCCCGCCUCGCUCUCCAUGCAGCUCACCGCCUCGCUCUCCCCUGGCCUAUCGCGGCUACCCGUACUCCAAGCAGAGAAACGGCGUGGACGCGCAGAUCCCCUACGACAACAAACCCUCCUCUCGGCCGGGCGCUCAGCUGGAGCAGCACUCCUCGCCCAGCCGUUAUGUGAGCAAACCCGCUGUGGAGCAUCCAGCCAUGGCUCGGGCUUCUUCCAUAGAGAGGCUCAAUCAGCAGGCCACAAUGAACUAUUCCGACGAUGACCCCUGGAGGAUGACAGCGGAGCAGCUGGAGUAUUACACAAAUCAGUUUAAAAGCCUCCAGCCUGACCUGGGGGCUCUGAUCUUGGGAGCUGUAGCGAAGAACUUCUUCACUAAAUCCAAGCUCCCGAUACCGGAGCUCUCCCACAUUUGGGAGCUGAGUGAUGUGGAUCGGGACGGAGCGCUGACGUUCACCGAGUUCUGCAUAGCCUUUCACCUGAUCGUGGCUCGGAAGAACGGCUACCCCCUCCCAGAGAGCCUCCCUCCGACUCUGCAGCCGGGGUUCUCGCAGCGCGAAGAGGAGCAGAUCCCCGAUACCCCUGAGAGCUUGGAGCCUUUGAUUGUCUUUGAGGAUGCAGAGCCAAGGUCCUGUCAGGUGGACCCAAGCGGUAUAGGGAGGCUCGAACCAAGCGUGGCCACAAGGAAACAGGAUUUGCAAGGAGAGUCCCUCAAGCAAGACACGAGUGUGAAACGUCUGGCCUCGUCUCGAGAGAAAUCCACUCUACAGCUGGGAGCUUUCCCUGAGAGGCCGGAGCCUCAUCUGGAGUUGGACCCGCAGAUGAGAACAAAAACAAGACAAAGGUCGUACUCCAGCACGUCCAUUGAAGAUGCCAUAAAGAAGGCGGAGGAACCACCCACCCCUCCGCCUCGCCCUCAGAAAACCCACUCGAGGGCCUCCUCGCUGGACCUCAACAAGCUCUUCCAGCAGGGCGCUCCAGGAGUGAAAGGUGGAUGGCUGCUGCCUCCUGCCCUCCCUCCCAGACCACCAACCUCACAGGUUCCUCAUUUUCUCAACGUUUCAGAGCAAGCUACCCAGGCUAAAGUGCAGCAGCCAAACUUUGCUGACUUCAGUCACUUUAGAGAAGAGGAGGAGAGCAGUGUUAAGCUGGAGGAGCAGGGUCCGAGCUCCAGGUUUGGACUGAGUUCUGAAGACCUGACGAGCGCCUCCAAACAGGACGUCUCUGGCACGCCUCACAGCCAAGCGCCGCAAAAGCCAAUUCGGAGGAAAUACCACCCAGAGAGCCAGAACCUGGAGACCGGGCCGCCGCCGCCGCCGCCACCGCCUCCUCCUCCUCCUGCAAUGCCAUUUCCUCCGCCUGCCAAACCGAGCCAAAAGCUGCUGUCCCGACAGAAGAGGGAAAUCCAGAUGGCGAUCCGUAAGAACCGGGAGACUAACGCAGUGCUGAGGCGUCUGAACAGCGAGCUCCAGCAGCAGCUCAAGGUUGUUCACAAGGAGAGAGUCACCUUGGAGUCCCAGCUGGAGCUCCUACGGCCCCUGGCCUCGACAUGACCGGGUCCUGAGGUCUGGUUAGGGCCACGAAGCUGACCUUGCACCAGAAUGCAUCAGCUAGGAUUCUGUUGAAGAACAACAUUUGAAACUAAAUGUUGUUGUUUUCUUAUCAAUGUAAUGUUCUACUCAAAGGGCUCCGACAUUUUAGAAGCAAAACUGAAUUGUUGACUUGACGAACAGGGAUUCUUUAAUCAGGAACCUCUGUCCCUUCACUGUAUGUUAGAUUUAAUGAUGAUGUGCAGGAAUAAAUUGUGUAUUUUUUUUUAUAAUUAUAUGUUAGCACAUGUAAAAUAUAGUGAUUCUAAUUUAUUUGUUCCCUUUCUAAUAUCUUGUAAGCUUCUACAUGUAAAAGUUUACAGCACAUGUAGUAGUCGGCACACAUUCCCGUGAGUCUGAAUGUCCAUUUCCUGUGGUGAUGAUCGCAAUGUUUUUAUGAUUUAAAGGGCAUUGCAGUAGUCCCCACAUACACGAUCUAAAGCAGACAAAGGUGCUAUGGAUUCCCCUUUCCAACUUAGAACAAUAAAUAAAUGCACAUGUAACGGUGGGAAAUAUUGUAGGCAAAAGCCUUAAAUAUGCGAGACGAAACUGCAGAAAGUCACACUGAAGAAUGUUAACUCUUCCACAUUUGUUUGUAUCAGAUCUACACAUUUCACUUGAAAGUUGCUAUGUCUUUAAAUUAAACGAUCCUUUUUUUCUUUGUCUGUUGUGAUUUUCAAACUUGGAUGCUAGUUUUACCGUUGCUCUCGUUUAAAGAAUGUUUUUUAAAAAAACAUGUCAGUGUUCCAUAUUUGUUUAAGCCCACAUCCCGAUAUGCAGAUGUGGGUUUAGGAUAUGGUGCCACGUCAAGCUUGCUUUGUACCGUCUGUUCCACUGGGUUCACGGGCUUCAGGAAAUGGCGGACAUACGUGUUGGCAUGUCUGAUACUGCAUGUGCUCUAAGAUGUUGUGAGCUGGAUUGUAAAAACAACUUGAAAUCACGCACCAAUGAACUCUGGGCUUAAGAUGAAAAUCGGUAAAGACAAUAAAGGCAUCUAUUUUUA